UAUCGUCUUAGCCAUGACUUUGAUGUCUCCGCCUUGAAAAGGAAAACUUUAGGCUUUUAAGGAAAUCAAUUGAAAAAUAUAAAUAAAAUGAUCUGUCAGCUAAUAGCGUCAUCACAUAUGUCAAGUGGAUAAAAAUUUUGCUGCCAAACAUACCUAGAUGUGUUUGGACAAAUAUUUGGUGUAGCCAACACAUAGAUAUAUUUUGUUAGCCAUUAAGUAAUUGUUGGGAUAAAAUAUUCACACUCCAAAUUGUUUAGGUAUGAAAAUAAGGAAAAAAUAUUUUACCCUUUGAGUCUUAGGAAAAAAAGUAUGGGAAAGUGCAGCUCAAAAAGGCAUGUAGUCUUACUAACAUGGGUUGUGGUGCAGUGGAUGGAGCUGCUCCACCCUUAACUAGAGGUCGAGGGUUCGACUUUGGGUAUGGAGAAAACUUUGUUGGGAGCGCUACCACCUUAAUGGGCCCUACAACACGUCUCGACUACGUAAUUAAAACAAAGUAACGAAACUAUUGAUACAAUUCUUCAAAAAAUACAUCAAAAAUUUGUAAAAAAAAAACUUUAUUUAUUUAGACAUCUAGUUUCAUAAUGUAUCAUAUUGUGUUGUUUUGUAUUAUAUUGUUUUGAUAAAUAUUAUAUUUUAAUACAUUGUAUUAUUUUCCGUUAUUCUAUCUUGUCACAUACUAUAAUCAAGAUGUAAGAAAAUUUUAACAGCUUAGUUGAUUGAUUACCUAAACUAUUACUUGUUGGUCAAGAUUCGACUUUCCACCUUAUAAUCCCCUUUCUCAUUCUUCUUCCAUAAACAAAAAAGGAAACUAAUUUUUGUAGUCUUAUUCUAUUAGGAUUUAGACAAAUUGUUACCUUCUUUUCUUUUUUCCAUAGUUUGAUUUGCACUAAGCCUCAACAAUUUUUUCCUAUUCAUAUUUGGAUUUGGAGAAUUAAAGUUUAUGCAAUUAAAACUUGGAGAACUAAAGUUGAUGCAACUAAAACUUCUUGAAUCAAUCCCUAUUCAUAUAGGACUAGGAGAAGCCAAAUAGCUCUAUAAAUAUAAGCCAAUACUAUUUCACAUUCUUCAUCACAAAUUUCUUUAGCAAUUAUACUCCUUAGUUUAUAAACUUCUUUUUCCCUUCUUGAAAGAACCUGGUUCUUUGAGUUGUUGGAGUUCUUGAUAUGAUCACCAUACCUAUCAAGCAAGAAAUCAUCGACUUAACAGACGAUUUAGACGAUACCAAUGUCUCCACAAACACAACUAUGCAUAUAGUCCCCAUAACCAAUUAUGGUGUUGGUUCUUGUUUUCUUGAUAUUCAAGAAAGUCCUGUGAAGAAGAUGAAACUUGAAAGUGAGCCUUGUAUCAUUGCUCCUUUGUCGAUUUGUCCAAAGAAUGAAUUCGUAGGAGCUUCCCCUGCUGUUAAUCCAAUUACUACUAGUUGUAAGCAAUUCUGGAAAGCUGGAGAUUAUGAUGGCAAUAAGGAGGGUGCAUGUCAUGAUCAAACUGUUGGUAUGGAUCAUGUGAGAGUUCAUCCGAAAUUCUUGCAUUCGAAUGCUACUAGUCAUAAAUGGGCAUUGGGUGCUUUCGCUGAGCUUUUAGACAACGCGAUGGAUGAGGUUUGCAAUGGUGCUACUUAUGUUAGCGUAGAUGUGCUGGACAAUAAGAAAGAUGUUGGGAGUAAGAUGUUGUUAGUUGAAGACGAUGGUGGUGGAAUGACUCCUGAUAGGAUGCGCCAGUGCAUGUCGCUUGGGUAUUCUGCGAAAAGCAAAUUAGCAAACACGAUUGGUCAAUAUGGAAAUGGUUUCAAAACGAGUAGUAUGAGGCUAGGGGCUGAUGUGAUUGUGUUUUCGCGGGGGAGGGAUAGAGCAACGAGCAUGUUGACACAGAGUGUAGGAAUGUUGUCAUAUACUUUUUUGAGGGGCACAGGGAAAGAAGAUAUCGUUGUUCCUAUGGUUGAUUUUGUGAAGAGGGGAGGGACUUGGGAGAUGUUGGUUCGGUCUUCUGCUGAUGAUUGGAAGAGGAAUUCGGAGACUAUAACACAAUGGUCUCCUUAUGAGAACGAACAGGAUCUUUUACAGCAGUUUGAGUUUUUGAAAGGUGAUCAUGGGACGCGAAUUGUCAUAUACAAUCUGUGGGAGGAUGAAGAAGGAGCCACAGAGCUUGACUUUGACACCAAUGCUCAUGACAUUCAAAUAAGGGGUGUUAGUCGAGAUGAAAAGAAGAUUGAGAUGGCGAAAGAAUAUCCUAACUCGAGGCACUUCCUAACAUAUCAACAUUCUUUAAGGAGUUAUGCUUCGAUUUUGUAUCUGAGACUUGCUCCUGGAUUUCAAAUAAUUUUGAGGGGGAAAGAAGUUGAACAUCAUAAUUUGGUAAACGACAUGAUGCUGUCGGAGGAGAUUACGUACAGACCACAAUCCGUUGGUUAUGAAACAUCUGUAGCUGAAGGAACUAUUGGUUUUGUGAAAGAUGCAAAACAUCAUAUUGAUAUUCAAGGUUUCAAUGUUUAUCACAAGAAUAGGCUCAUUAAGCCUUUCUGGAGGGUGUGGAAUGCUGCUGGCAGCGAUGGUCGCGGUGUGAUAGGCGUCUUAGAAGCUAAUUUUGUUGAACCAGCUCAUGAUAAACAGGGCUUUGAGCGCACGAUUGUCCUUGCUAGACUCGAGGCACGCCUACAAUUUAUGCAGAAGAAAUAUUGGUCAUCAAACUGUCAUUUCAUUGGUUAUGCUAAGCGUCGCAAUGUAAAGAACACUACUGUCUCUCCUGAUCAAGAAGAACCAAACACUUGUUCUGUGCCUACGAGCAAAUCCUGUUCCCCAUUCAGCUCCAAUGUCAGCCACACAACCUGUCAUGAUGAAAGAUCUAAACCGAAAUCAUCUGGAGUAGAACAUGAGAUGAGACCAGUUCAUUCUUCAAUAACGGACAAUUCGGUGCAGGAAGCAUCCCGUGUUUAUGUAGGAUCUGGGGAAAUUCCGCGUCCAGUUCAGGUUUCAGCACAAGCAAGACGACAGACUAUGUAUGGAGAACAAAAUCAGCAAGUGUUUACACUAAAUGGGCAAGUUGACCUAACUCAGCAAGUGUGCGCAUUAAAUAGGCAGCCUGAUCUAACUCAGCAAGUGUGUAGAUUGAGUAGGCAACCCAAUAUAACUCAGCAAGUGUGUACAUUGAAUAGGCAACCCGAUAUAACUCAGCAAGUGUGUAUAUUAAAUAGGCAAACUGAUGGAACUCCCGGAAACACCACCUGUCAUGAUGAUACAUCUAAAUCAAAAUCCACUGUAGGAGAACACGAGAAUUGGGUACCAGUUCAUUCUUCAGCACAAGCAACAAAUCAAACUAUGCCUAGAGAUCACACUCAGCAAGCGUCUACAUCAAAUAGUCAAACUUCAGGAAAUCCAGUUGUGAAGAUGGAAGAUAUUGUGUCAAAUGACUUGAGAGCAGAGAAUAAUAGUAUUAAAAAUAAUCUACAACAGGUUUUGCGCCAUUGGCAACAUGAAAGAGCCACGAGUAAGAGUCUAGCACGCGUCCUUUUAGAAGAAAGAAAACAGCGGGCUACGGAAGGAGAAAGUUUAAGGAGCAAAUUGAAGGAUGCUUCUGUUACCAUACAAGAUUUGCUCAACAAAGUGAGGCUGCUACAAAGUAGCAGGAUAACCUUUACCUGCAAAACUGAACGUUAGCAAUGAGAAGUGACACAAAAUAUGUAGCUAAAGAACAACUGAUGCACACUUCAAAGAUCUUGUUAAUAGCAAACCCAUUCAAUAUUAACAUGUAUAUGUUAGCUUUACUUUUCCAUUUUUUCUUUGGAUAUAAUUGUUUUUGACGGAAACAGUUUUGGAUUCCGAUUAUCAAUAUGAAUAUAUUUUAUCUUCCGAAUUUCUAUCCUUUAUUUAAGUUUCUUGUUUUCCCUGCUGUUUCUUGAUCUGUCGAAGAGCAUA